UCUCCUCCCGCCCCUCUGUGGAGUGAGGCGAGAGCCCCGCACAGAGCGAGAGAGAGACAGAAGCUGAGCUUCGGGCGCUGCCGCCGCCGCCGGGGAGAGCGUGAGAGCGAGUGAGUGAGCGAGCAUCCGAGAGACCCGGCAUCCGUGCACUGGCCGCCGCCAAGACCUUUGCCGCAGCCCGGGCCAUCGGGAGCCGCGGCCGCCGUCGGCUCCCCCCCUUACAUUCCCGGCCGGCAGCGGCUGCUGCACACGCCGAAGCCGGAGCCCCAGCCGGAGCCGGAGCCGGAGCCCGAGCCCGAGCCCGAGCCGGAGCCCGCGGCCGGGGGGCAGGGAGGCGGCUGCCGCGGGUCGGGACUCGUAGCUGCUCAGCCGGGAGAGGACGCCCGCGAGGGGCUGGGCUUUCUGCCUCGUCCCGGACUGUGGGACGAAGGACCCCCCGAGGUGUAGGGAGGGGGUCCCGGCCGCCGCGACACAUGCGGGAGCCGGGAGCGGGGGCGGCGCCGAUCCGAGCCCGCCGGGUCCCCAGCCUUGCCGCUGUCCACACCAGCCGCCCGGGGCCGUAGCAUCCCAUAGCGGAGUGUAUGAACCCCGGCCCCCAGCCCAGGAGCCACCUCCGGGCCGGGGGGGCGGGGACCCCGAUGUGAAACGGCCGCGGCGGCGUGGUGAGCGGCCCCGGCGCCGCUGUCCUCUCCUUCCCCUCCCCUCCCCUCCACCCCCUCUGGGGGGGCUUCUCUUUGGGCCUGCCGCCGCACCCCGGCUCCUCGGCGGGACUCCAGGAGUUCUCGGCGCCCCCUCCCCGCCCCAGCCCCCCAGGGCGGUGGGGCCGGGGGGGAACCUGGGGGGCCGGCUGCAGCCUCCGCCCAGAGGAAACUUUACCCAAACAAAAUCUUCGAGCUUUCUGAUCGUGACUGUCCCGGGACAAGUGGCCCAGGACGGGCUGAAGCCACCACAGUCUGCAGGGACCCAGGAAGAGAAAAAGCGGUGAGCGAGCGGGGCCGCCACCGCCGCCUCUAUCCCAGCAGCGCGGAAGAGACCCGGGUAGCUGCUUGGUGGAGCGACGCUAGCACCGCUUCUUCCUCAGUUCCGCGCCUAGCCAGCCUUCCGCAGCUGCCCGCCUCAGCCCGAAGGAGGAAGGGAGCCAGCCACAUUGUCAGCGCCACCGCUCGACUCUGAAGCGAAAUCUCAGCUAUCAAGGAGACUUUUAAAAGGCUCUCUAAAUAUUUGAAUGUGAAAACCUUUGCAUCUUCUGAUAGUCUAGCCAAGGUCCAAGAAGUAGCAAGCUGGCUUUUGGAAAUGAAUCAGGAACUGCUCUCUGUGGGCAGCAAAAGACGACGAACUGGAGGCUCUCUGAGAGGGAAUGCUUCCUCAAGCCAGGUUGAUGAGGGACAGAUGAAUCGCGUGGUUGAGGAGGAUCCACAGCAGCAAGCGAGACAUCAAGAGGAGGAGCACACUGCGCGGAAUGGUGAACUUGUGGGUGCAAACCCUAGGCCUGGAGACCAGAACGAUACCCAGCAAGGACAAGUGGAGGAAAAUAAUAACCGCUUUAUUUCAGUAGAUGAGGACUCUUCGGGAAAUCAGGAAGAGCAAGAGGAAGAUGAAGAGCAUGCUGGGGAACAGGAGGAGGAAGAGGAGGAAGAGGAAGAGGAGGAGGAGAUGGACCAGGAGAGUGAUGAUUUUGAUCCGUCUGAUGACAGUAGCAGAGAAGAUGAACAUACGCACAAUAGCAAUGUCACAAACUGCAGUAGUGUCUCGGACCUGCCCGCUCACCAGCUCUCCUCUCCAUUCUAUACAAAGACAACAAAAAUGAAAAGAAAGUUGGACCAUGGUUCUGAAGUUCGUUCCUUUUCUUUGGGAAAGAAACCAUGCAAAGUCUCAGAUUAUACCAGUACCACUGGCCUUGUACCAUGUUCAGCAACACCAACAACUUUUGGGGACCUGAGAGCAGCCAAUGGGCAAGGGCAGCAGCGGCGGAGGAUUACAUCUGUCCAACCACCCACAGGCCUUCAAGAGUGGCUGAAAAUGUUUCAGAGCUGGAGCGGACCAGAGAAGUUGCUGGCUUUAGAUGAGCUCAUUGACAGCUGUGAACCAACACAAGUGAAGCAUAUGAUGCAAGUGAUAGAGCCCCAGUUCCAGCGAGACUUCAUCUCCUUGCUUCCUAAAGAGUUGGCACUCUAUGUGCUUUCAUUCCUGGAACCCAAAGACCUGCUGCAAGCGGCUCAGACUUGUCGAUACUGGAGAAUUUUGGCUGAGGAUAACCUUCUCUGGAGAGAGAAAUGUAAAGAAGAGGGGAUUGAUGAACCGUUGCACAUCAAGAGAAGAAAAAUAAUAAAACCAGGUUUCAUACACAGCCCAUGGAAGAGUGCGUAUAUCAGACAGCACAGAAUUGAUACAAACUGGAGACGAGGAGAACUCAAAUCUCCUAAGGUGCUGAAAGGGCAUGAUGACCAUGUGAUCACAUGCCUACAGUUUUGUGGCAACCGCAUAGUUAGUGGUUCUGAUGACAACACUUUAAAAGUUUGGUCAGCGGUCACGGGCAAGUGUCUGAGAACGUUAGUGGGACAUACAGGUGGAGUGUGGUCAUCACAGAUGAGAGACAAUAUCAUCAUCAGUGGAUCGACUGACCGGACUCUCAAAGUGUGGAAUGCUGAAACUGGAGAGUGUAUACAUACUUUAUAUGGGCACACUUCUACUGUACGGUGUAUGCAUCUCCAUGAAAAAAGGGUUGUAAGCGGUUCUCGAGAUGCCACUCUCAGGGUUUGGGAUAUUGAGACCGGCCAGUGUUUACACGUCCUGAUGGGUCACGUAGCAGCGGUCCGCUGCGUUCAGUAUGAUGGCAGGAGGGUUGUUAGUGGAGCUUAUGAUUUUAUGGUGAAGGUGUGGGAUCCAGAGACUGAGACCUGUCUACACACGUUACAGGGACACACUAAUAGAGUCUAUUCAUUACAGUUUGAUGGCAUCCAUGUGGUGAGUGGAUCUCUUGAUACAUCAAUCCGAGUCUGGGAUGUGGAGACAGGGAAUUGUAUUCACACGCUAACAGGACACCAGUCAUUAACGAGUGGAAUGGAACUCAAAGACAAUAUUCUUGUCUCUGGGAAUGCAGAUUCUACAGUUAAGAUCUGGGAUAUCAAAACAGGACAGUGUUUACAAACUUUGCAAGGUCCCAGCAAGCAUCAGAGCGCUGUGACCUGCUUACAGUUCAACAAGAACUUCGUAAUUACCAGCUCAGACGACGGAACGGUCAAACUCUGGGACUUGAAAACGGGUGAAUUUAUCCGAAACCUCGUCACAUUGGAGAGUGGGGGGAGCGGGGGAGUUGUGUGGCGGAUCAGGGCCUCAAACACAAAGCUGGUGUGUGCAGUCGGGAGUCGGAAUGGAACUGAGGAAACCAAGCUCCUGGUGCUGGACUUUGAUGUGGACAUGAAAUGAAAAGCAGACAUGAUGAAUUUUGUCCAACUGUGUAGACAAUAUACUCCCUACCCUUCCCCCUGCGCAAAAAACAAAAACAAACAAACAAAAAAAUGAAAAAAAAAAACAGAAAAAAAAAAAGAGAAAAAAGAAAAGGAAAAAAAUCCCUUGUACUCAGUGGUGCAGGAUGUUGGCUUGGGACAACAGACUGAAAAGACCUACAGACUAAGAAGGCAAGAAGAGACAAGAGACCGUAACUGACAGGAGGCGGCAGCUGUCGCAUCUCGCAAAGGCCUCACUUGUGACUGAGGGGCAGCUUGGCAAGACGACUCUCUAAAUCCAACCAGGUGCAAUUAUUCUUUGUUUUCUUCUCCAGUGGUCAUUGAGCAGAGCUACAUCAGCGUUGUUACCGUCACCUAGAAAGGAGUGGCAGUAAUAUCCAAACACGGGCUGCUUAUCUUCUAAUCAGAGCAUCUGCAACAAACCGUCAUUUUUCUGAAGUGGAAAAGCUUAAAACAAUUACUGUGAAUUGUUUUUGUACAGUUAUCAUGAAGCUUUCUUUUUUCUCUUUUUCCUGUUUCUCUUCUUUUCUUUUUUCUUUUUUUUUUUUGCCAACCAUUGCCAAUGUCAAUCAAUCACAGUAUUAGCCUCUGUUAAUCUAUCUCUUUACUGUUGCUUCUACUCUUCAAUGCAUAUGUUGCUCAAAGGUGGCAAGUUGUCCUGGGUUGUGUGAGUCCUGAGAUGGAUAUAAUUCUUGAUGCUGGUGCUAGAAGUAGGUCUUCAAAUCCGGGGUCGUUGUCCCACCCCUGUACUGUACUCCCAGUGGCCAAACUUAUUUAUGCUGCUAAAUGAAAGAAAGAAAAAGCAAAUUAUUUUUUUUUUAUUUUUUUUCUGCUGUGACGUUUUAGUCCCAGACUGAAUUCCAAAUUUGCUCUAGUUUGGUUACAGAAAAAAAAGACUUUUUUGCCACUGAAACUUGAGCCAUCUGUGCCUCUAAGAGGCUGAGAAUGGAAAAGUUUCAGAUAAUAAAGAGUGAAGUUUGCCUGCAAAUAAAGAAUUGAGAGUGUGUGCAAAGCUUAUUUUCUUUUAUCUGGGCAAAAAUUAAAACACAUUCCUUGGGACAGAGCCUGAGGUGCCUGUUCUGUGGAGAAACUUCUUUUUGAGGGCUGUGGUGAAUGGAAGAACAUACAUAGCAAAACUGACAAGAUAUUUUAAAGAUAUAUAAAACACAAAGGAAAAGGAGGUUGCUGGUCAGUCGUAGCAUCUUACAGUAUUGGGGAAAACAACUGUUACAGUUUCAUUGCUCUGAGUGACUGACGUGAGAGGAAUUCGCUCUGCAGUGACGCUGUCUGUCACUCGCCUACCAGCUCGACGAGCAAGAGAGCGGGAGUCAGAUGGUCCGCCUCAUUCACCAGGAGCCGUAACUCAAGCUGAACUGUGAAAGUGGUUAACACUGUAUCCUAGGCCGUCUUUUUUUUCCUCCUCCUGUUUAUUUUUUGUUUGUUUUAUUUAUAGUCUGAUUUAAAACAAUCAGAUUCAAGUUGGUUAAUUUUAGUUAUGUAACAACCUGACGUGAUGGAGGAAACAACCUGUAAAGGGAUUGUGUCUAUGGUUUGAUUCACUUAGAAAUUUUAUUUUCUUAUAACUUAAGUGCAAUAAAAUGUGUUUUUUCAUGUUA